UCGCUCUUCGCGCCAGAAACAUAAGUCAGCUGAUCGCACGACACGGAACACUAUGCGCUGUCUGCUCAAAUUUGCUCCGCUGUUUUUAGCGGUCGCCGUUUGCCAUGGGUGGCUGUUCGAGGACUUUGGUGGACAACCGAAUGAGCUGGAUGAAAUAUCUCUCUGGCCGCUGCCGCAGAAAUUCCAGUCGUCCGCAGAUUCUUUCAAACUCAGCCCUUCCAGCUUUCAGAUCGUCCACGCUAAAGGGUCCACCGCUGACCCGAGCUGCAGUCUCCUCCAGAGUGCAUUUCGCAGGUAUUUUGAGUACAUGUUUGGCGACGAAAAGAAGCAAGAGAAGAGCCGCAAGAAAGCUUUCGCUUCAGAUUUGGUUGAGCUUCAGGUGCAGAUCACGUCAGCUGAUCCAGAGUGCAACGGCUACCCGAGUGUAGAGACCGACGAGUCAUAUGAGCUGACAGUAUAUCAACCCUCUGCUUUACUGAAAGCUCCGAAUGUAUGGGGAGCUUUGCGAGGACUGGAAACAUUCAGUCAGCUGGUCUAUGAGGAUGACUAUGGAGUCAGCAACAUCAAUAAGACUGUUAUCUCGGAUUUUCCCCGGUUUGUUCAUCGAGGGGUCCUCCUGGACUCAUCUCGCCACUACCUGCCACUCAAAGUCAUCUUGGCCAAUUUGGAAGCUAUGGCGAUGAACAAGUUUAAUGUAUUCCACUGGCACAUUGUGGAUGAUCAAUCUUUUCCUUAUAUCAGCCGUACCUUCCCUGAGUUAAGUCAGAAGGGAGCCUAUCACCCAUAUACACAUGUGUACACCCCAUCUGAUGUGAAGAUGGUCAUUGAGUUUGCUCGCAUGAGGGGGAUCCGGGUCAUCCCUGAGUUUGACACCCCAGGACACACACAGUCUUGGGGCAACGGCCAGAAGGAUCUGCUAACUCCCUGUUAUUCUGGCUCUACUCCAUCUGGAACAUUCGGGCCAGUGAACCCCAUCUUGAACUCCACUUAUGAGUUCAUGGCCCAGUUCUUCAAAGAGAUCAGCAGCGUCUUCCCUGAUGCCUACAUUCACCUGGGGGGAGAUGAGGUCAACUUCAGUUGCUGGAAGUCCAAUCCUGAUAUUCUUAUGUUUAUGGAGCAGCAGGGCUUUGGCACAGACUACAGCAAACUGGAGUCCUUCUACAUUCAGAGGUUACUUGACAUUGUGACUGCUACCAAGAAAGGUUACAUGGUGUGGCAAGAAGUCUUUGAUAACGGGGUGAAGCUGAAGGGUGACACUGUUGUGGAGGUGUGGAUGUCAAACAAUAUGGUGGAGGAGCUACAGAAUGUGACUGGGGCAGGAUUUACAACCAUUUUGUCCGCCCCUUGGUACCUGGACUACAUUAGCUAUGGACAGGACUGGCAGCGCUACUACAAAGUUGAGCCACUCAAUUUUAAGGGCUCAGAUGCACAGAAGAAGCUGGUGAUUGGUGGAGAGGCUUGUCUCUGGGGAGAGUAUGUGGACGCUACCAACCUCACUCCCCGACUCUGGCCCAGAGCCAGUGCUGUUGCUGAGAGGUUAUGGAGUGAUGAGAGUGUGACAGACCUCGGGAAUGCCUACAAUCGCCUGGCUCAGCAUCGCUGCCGCAUGGUCAAGAGAGGAAUUGCUGCAGAACCUCUAUUUACUGGCCACUGUCGUCAUGAGUACAAGGGCUGGUGAACUUACGGAUUGAAAAUGGAAAAUAAAAGGGAAAAAGAGGAAACUUUUUAAAAGCACUGAUAAAUCAGAAUCAUGUUGGCCAUUCAAGUAAUCGUGGUUUGCUAUUUUUGCACACUGAGCCAGUUAUCCAGGACUUUAAUUUUUAUUUUAAUAAGCAGUUAAAUUUUGAUUUCUUUUGUAGUUAUGUUUUGUUAAAAGACGAAUGUAUGAUA